GCGCAAGGAGAUCGACCGGCGCAGGAGGACAAGGAGAUCCUGCAGACCAAGGCCGACCGCGCCAAGCUCGAUGGCGCAUGUACGAGUGCAUCCUCUCGCCUGCUGCUCAACCUCGUGUCCAUUUUACUGGGAGUACCUUGGUCCAGUAGUGCUGCUCCACGCCAACAGGCGUGGACUGCUAAGGACUAUUAUGUAAGUGAACUGGAUGAAGAUGGAGACAAAUAUCAAGAAGCAAGCUGGGAACAGUCAGAUGAUUCUGAAUCUGAUCUACAGGAACCAUUACAUGUGAUUAUCCAAAUGGAAAACUGCAUAAGGACUGUUGAGGAUAUUUCAUCUAUCGGUAAAUGUGAAAUAAAUAUGGAAAAAGCAUGGACACUCUUUGAGAAAAUAACUGAAGCUGUUGAAUGUAUACACCAAAAGGGUGUUAUACAUCGGGACUUGAAGCUUGGCAACAUAUUUAUUGGAAAAGGUGAAGUAAAGAUUGGUGAUUUUGGACAUAGUUGUUGGGCAGAUAGUUACACUGAUGGCAAAGAAGGGACACCAGACCGUGGUACCCAUAUAUAUGCUGCGCCAGAACUUUAUUUGGGACAGGUUACAUACAAGGUGGAUGUUUAUAGCCUUGGUAUCAUAUAUCUGGAAAUAUUUCAUCCUUUUGGAAGUGGUUCGGAGAGAGCUAAGGUUUUGUGCAACGUGAAACUGGGUACAUAUCCAGACAAUUGGAUGGGUGAAACAGCGCUACUUGAAAAAAUGACUGACUUAUGCCACUCAAAUCGUGCAUCGGCGAAUGAUGUAUUGACUAAACCAUUGUGCCAGAACCUGUACCGGAAUUCAUUCACUUAUCACUGCCUUCAAGAGGACAAAACUCUGCAGUUUGAUGAUGAAAUCCAGUUUCUAGAACAAUGUGAGAGGGAGAAUGCACGUGUCCUUGUGCAUUACAUGACAGGGGAAAAUAGGCAGCAUUUGUUAUAGCCUUCUUGAUGAAAUCAAGGGGAUGGAGACUGGCACAAUCUUUUCAGUGGGUGAAAGAACGGAGACCAAAGUGCAACUAUCUGAUGAUAAUUAACCAUUAUCAGCCCAAUCUUCUCUACAUGAUCCAAAUUAAUUAGAAAGGCAAGUUGGCUAAGCCAGAGUUGGAGGCAUGGUUCCAAACUGUCAAUUUGAGCAAAGAAAAUGGCAAAGUGAUUGGGAACUGAUACAUUCAAUACCAUCUGGAACAGCUUGAGGGGAUCAAUCAAUAAUGUGAAGCUGGUAGCAGUAAGUUGCUCUCUUGAUUUUCUGAUGCACAAUCAUUCAAAAUUAAAGCAUUGGAGCAGCAGUCAGAUCAUGGAGGAGGAGGAGCCAAAUCAGGGAAAGGGGUUCUAAAGUCAGCUGCUAGAGCAAUAACCCUUGUCGGCCCAAUGCUCUAUUCAUGUCCCAAAUUAGAUGAGUAGGAGCCAACAAAAGUAUUUCAAAGCUGAGCUGUGAAGUGCUGAAGUAAUCAGAAGAGGAAGCAAGAAGCAACAAUGGGAGGACAAGCACCAGUCCAGGCGUCAGCCGCAACCGAGCACGACAGCGCGGUCGAUCCAAGUUGUUGUUCAUAAUCCUCCUCCUCCUGCUGCCCCAGAGUGCCGAGGAAGGCAAGGUUGCUGAUGAUGCAGCUACCUGUAAACAAAAACAUUAUCUUCUGAUUCUUUCUUUUGUUUUUUUAUUUGUGAGGUACACUUUAAUGGCGUGGUGAGAUUAAUAGCUUGUGCUGGCAAGCUGAUAGCUUGCCAGCAGGUUGUGCAUCGCUGGAUUAUGUUAAACAGAAUUUUCUUGGAAUAUCAAGCUGUCAUUAUAAAUGAUGCAAACAACUUGCAUUUG